CAAAAAGCAGAGGCUGAGAAGAGAGGACAGGCAGGAGAGGGAGAGGUGAAGCACUGGAAUUAAGAGAAAUACAGGUGGAGUGAAGACAAGCAGUGUUCUUGCAUCCUGUGCAGACUGUGACCACCAGUUGACAGAAUCAGACCAUUUCGCGGACACUACAAGGGGAGAGACGGACGCAAAGAUGGCAGAGGGCCCGAAGAUUGAACUCUUCGUUAAGGCCAGUGGUGACGCUGAGAGUGUGGGGAACUGUCCUUUCUGCCAGAGGCUCUUCAUGAUUCUGUGGUUAAAAGGGGCCAACUUUACCCUCACCACUGUGGAUAUGAAGAGGGCACCAGAUGUGCUGAAGACUUUGGCUCCAGGCUCUCAGCCUCCCUUCCUCAUCUACAACGAAGAGGUCAAAACAGACACUAACAAGAUUGAGGAGUUCUUGGAGGAGACCUUAGCCCCGCCAGAGUAUCCAAAAUUGUGCUGUCGGUACAAACAGUCCAACGGCGCUGGAGAAGACAUCUUCCGAAAAUUCUCAGCAUACAUCAAGAAUCCCAACCCUGGAUUAAAUGACAUGCUGGAGAAGAAAUUUCUUUCAACUCUGGUGAAGCUUAACAUGUACCUAGAGACACCUCUCCCUUAUGAGCUGGACCAGAACCCAGAUGCCACUGAGUCCUCACGCCGUUACCUGGACGGUGACACCCUCACCUUGGCAGACUGCAACCUGCUUCCCAAACUCAACAUUGUCAAGGUGGUCUGUAAGGAGUAUCGAGACUUUGCCAUCCCUACUCAGCUGAAAGGUCUGACACGUUACCUGGAUAAUGCCUACAAACAGGAUGAGUUUCGUUACACCUGCCCAAAUGACUCAGAGAUCCUCAGUGCCUAUGAAUCUGUGGCAAAGUACCUGAACAAGCCUGUCAAGACAGAGAGAUGAAGCAGUACAAAGAAGAACAAAGAAGAAUAGAAUGAGAAAUGCAGAGAAAAGGUGACAAAAUGCCUGAAUUUAUUCUCUAUUUGUGCCAAAAUCAUAUGAGUCUAAUGAACAGUUUUUGCAAUGGCAUGUUUAAUUAUCAGCUUUCCAGAUUAAAAAGUUGUGUUGUUUUCAUGAAUUGGGUUCUACUGUUGCAAACUGCUGCUUCAAAGUUGCUUAAAAGUUGUAAUUGCAUACUGUAUUGCAUGCUGUGGUUGUACUGAAGUGGAUGUUAUAUUCAGCCCCUUAAGAGGGAGAAACAGCACUGUAAAUCCCAGAGAAUAUUUAUGUUAUGGCUCACUGGGAAUGCAUGUAUACUAUCUAAGCAUUUACAUAACAUUGAUUGACAUUUAUUAAUGACAUAAAAUCAGAUCCAUUGUCAUGUCAAAUAUUGUUUUAUAUGUUCAUUAAAUUAUUUAUGUAAACCAUUAAAAAUAGCAUUGGUUGUAUAUAAGGUAGGCUUUAAAGCUAUUAAAGUGUAUUUUAAUGGGAAAUUUUUAAAGUAAUAAAGAACAUUCUCUUAAUAAAAACUGGUUAACACCCACUUACAUUUUUCACAGUCCGUCCUGUCACAUGACCUAUAAAAAUACAUUACUGCAUGUAUCUCAACAGUUUAACUUUAACACAUGUUUAAUUUAACAGAAUGAAGACAGAAAAUAUUUUGAUAUGUUCGAUAUUAAAGGCUGUGUGAAAACA